UAUUAAAAGUUAUUUCUUACCUAAAUCAAAAGCAUAAUGGAGGGAAGAAAAGUUACCGGUUGGGCAGCCAGAGACUCAUCUGGCAUCCUUUCUCCUUACUCUUUCAACCUCAGGAAAACAGGCCCAGAAGACGUCGUGUUCAAGGUCUUAUAUUGUGGUGUAGACCACACUGAUCUUCAUCAAGUCAGGAAUGAAAUUCACAUGACUACCUACCCUUUGGUUCCAGGGCAUGAAGUGGUGGGAGAAGUUAUUGAGGUGGGCCCAGAGGUGAAAAAAUUCGGUGUAGGUGACGUAGUGGGGGUCGGGUGUAUGGUAGGAUCUUGUGGGGAAUGCACGCGCUGUAAAACGAACAAAGAACAAUACUGCAACAACAUGGUGUUCACUUACAAUGCCAUCUAUAAAGACGGAAGCUUUACACAAGGAGGCUUCUCUUCUGCCAUGAUAGUCCAUCAAAACUAUGUAGUUAACAUACCAGAAAAGCUAGCCCCAGAGCAGGCUGCACCGCUACUAUGUGCAGGAGUGACGGCUUACAGUCCGUUAAAACAGUUCAUCGGCUCCAAAAAGGCUAUAAAAGCAGGAAUCUUGGGUUUGGGUGGAGUUGGUCAUCUUGGUGUUUUAAUUGCAAAAGCAAUGGGUCACCAUGUGACUAUCAUCAGUUCUUCUGAUAAGAAGCGAGAAGAGGCAUUGACCGAUUUGGGUGCUGAUUGUUUCUUAGUGAGCUCGAAUUCCGCUGAAAUGAAUAAACUAAAAAACAGCCUUGAUUAUAUUCUAGACACUGUACCAGUUAAUCAUCAGUUACAAGAUUACAUACCUCUUCUUGAUGUUCAAGGAAAGAUACUUGUUGUCGGUGCUGUUCCUGAGCCGCUGCAGUUCAGUGCCUCCGGUUUGAUUUUAGGGGGGGCGUCGAUAAGUGGAAGUUUCAUCGGAAGCACACAAGAGACACAAGAGAUACUCGACUUUUGGGUCGAAAAGGGUUUGAAGACAAAGAUAGAAGUGGUGAAGAUGGAUUAUGUGAACAAAGCAUUUGAAAGAAUGGAGAAAAACGACGUGAGGUACCGGUUUGUGCUGGAUGUGGCUGGGAGCAAUCUUGAGUGACAGUUAAUGUUAAUGGCGGGACGACAAUUUUAACGUUGUAUCAUUUAAAUAAAUCCAGUCAUCCUUUUGUGUUUAUGCACACAGUAAUAAAAAUGAGAUAAUAAUAACAGCUACAAGCUUAAAGAUUUCAAGUUACCGAA